AUGGCGAUCUCGGGGAUGCGGGGGCUCUCCGUGUUCAUCAGCGACGUGCGAAAUUGCCAGAACAAGGAGCAGGAGCGGAUCCGGGUCGACAAGGAGCUCGGUCAUAUACGAACUCGAUUCAAGAACGAGAAGGGAUUGACACCAUAUGAGAAAAAGAAGUAUGUGUGGAAAAUGCUUUACAUCUACAUGCUAGGUUAUGAUGUUGAUUUUGGUCACAUGGAGGCUGUUUCUUUGAUAUCCGCACCAAAGUAUCCUGAGAAACAGGUUGGAUACAUAGUUACAUCUUGUUUGCUUAAUGAGAACCAUGACUUCCUAAGGCUUGUUAUAAACACUGUACGCAAUGACAUUAUUGGGCGAAAUGAGACAUUCCAAUGCUUGGCUUUGACAAUGGUAGGGAAUAUUGGCGGGAAGGAGUUUUCUGAAUCACUGGCUCCUGAUGUCCAAAAGCUUCUUAUUUCAAGUAGUUGUCGACCUCUAGUCAGAAAAAAGGCUGCAUUAUGUCUUCUACGGCUUUAUAGGAAAAAUCCUGAUGUUGUGAAUAUAGAAGGAUGGUCUGAUCGUAUGGCGCAGCUUCUAGAUGAACGUGAUAUGGGAGUUUUGACAUCAGUCAUGAGCCUUUUGGUUGCUUUAGUAUCCAAUAAUGCUGAAGCAUAUUGGAACUGUUUACCAAAGUGUGUAAGAAUUUUAGAGAGAUUGGCCAGAAACCAAGAUAUUCCGCCAGAAUAUACUUACUAUGGAAUUCCAUCUCCUUGGCUUCAGGUUAAGACAAUGAGAGCUCUUCAGUAUUAUCCAACUAUUGAAGAUCCAAAUACAAGAAGAGCUUUAUUUGAUGUUUUGCAACGUAUUUUAAUGGGCACAGAUGUGGUAAAAAAUGUUAAUAAAAACAAUGCAUCUCAUGCUGUUCUUUUUGAAGCGCUUGCUCUGGUUAUGCAUCUUGAUGCUGAAAAGGAGAUGAUGUCUCAGUGUGUAGCUUUGCUCGGGAAAUUUAUUGCAGUCAGAGAACCAAAUAUUCGGUAUCUUGGUCUGGAAAACAUGACUAGGAUGCUGUUAGUUACUGAUGUGCAGGAUAUAAUUAAAAGACAUCAAGCUCAGAUUAUUACUUCCUUGAAAGAUCCAGAUGUCAGUAUUAGAAGGCGUGCUCUUGAUCUGCUUUAUGGAAUGUGUGAUGUGACUAACGCGAAGGACAUAGUCGAGGAAUUAUUGCAGUAUCUCAGUACAGCAGAUUUUGCUAUGCGCGAAGAACUGUCACUGAAGGCUGCAAUUCUGGCAGAGAAAUUUGCUCCAGAUCUGUCAUGGUAUGUUGAUGUCAUUCUUCAACUGAUUGACAAAGCUGGUGACUUUGUCAGUGACGACAUAUGGUAUCGUGUGGUUCAGUUUGUUACUAACAAUGAAGAUUUGCAGCCAUAUGCUGCAGCAAAGGCGAGAGAGUAUCUUGACAAGCCUGCAUUGCAUGAGACAAUGGUUAAGGUUGGUGCUUAUCUUCUCGGAGAGUAUGGCCAUCUUUUGGCUAGAAGACCUGGUUGUAGCCCUAAGGAAUUAUUCCUUAUAAUCAAUGAGAAGCUUCCUACUGUAUCGACAAGUACCAUUGCCAUUCUUCUCUCAACUUACGCCAAGAUAUUGAUGCAUAGUCAGCCAACUGAUCCUGAAUUACAGGAGCAAAUUUGGGCCAUAUUUAGAAAAUAUGAGAGUUACAUUGAUGUUGAAAUACAGCAAAGAGCGGUUGAAUAUUUUGCAUUGAGCCGGAAAGGGGCUGCUCUAACGGAUGUAUUGGCUGAAAUGCCAAAGUUUCCAGAGCGCCAGUCUGCUUUACUGAGGAAGGCCGAAGAUGCUGAAGUCGAUACAGCAGAGCAAAGCGCCAUAAAACUCCGUAGUCAGCAGCAGACUUCAAAUGCUCUAGUUGUUGCAGACCCUCGCCCUGUUAAUGGAUCCCUACCAACUAAUCAGCAGCUAGUCCUUGUUAAGAUGCCAAGUCAAAACAUGGAGGCUCAUUCCAGUGAUCAAGUGGUUAGUGUUAGUACCAAGGAGAAUGGAACUGUAAGCAAAGAUGAACCAGCACCACCUACGCCUUCAGAAGAUCUACUUGGAGAUCUUUUGGGUCCGCUUGCUAUAGAGGGCCCUCCAGCAGCUGCUGCUGCUGCUUCGACGGAACAAAAUCCUUUAGCAGGAUUGGAAGCUGCUCCAAAUUCAGUAGGUGCCUUAGCACUAGCUACUCUUGAUGAUCAGGCAAAUUCUGUUCAGCCAAUUUUUAAUAUUGCCGAAAGAUUCCAUGUGCUGUGUCUGAAAGAUAGUGGAGUUUUGUAUGAAGACCCAUACGUUCAGAUUGGAGUAAAAGCUGAGUGGCGAGCCCAUCAUGGACGUCUUGUUCUUUUCUUGGGAAACAAAAAUACUUCCCCUCUUGUGUCAGUGCGAGCUCAGAUAUUGCCUCCAACACAUUUGAAAAUGGAACUCUCAUUGGUACCUGAUACUAUUCCUCCAAGAGCACAGGUUCAAUGCCCUCUUGAGGUUGUUAAUCUUCGAGCGAGCAGAGACAUUGCCGUUCUUGAUUUCUCCUAUACAUUUGGAACUGCAGUGGUUAAUGCCAAGCUUCGUCUCCCAGUUGUCUUGAAUAAAUUUUUGCAGCCAAUAUCAGUUUCUGCUGAAGAGUUCUUUCCCCAGUGGAAAUCAUUGUCUGGACCACCUUUAAGGCUUCAAGAAGUGGUCAGGGGGGUCAAACCAAUGUCCCUUGCUGAGAUGGCAAACUUGUUUGCUAGCCUUCACUUAGCAGUUACUCCUGGGCUUGAUACAAAUCCAAACAAUCUGGUUGCAAGCACUACCUUCUGUUCAGAGAGUACUCAUGCCAUGCUUUGCUUGAUUAGAGUUGAAACAGAUCCAUCUGACAGAACUCAGCUGCGGAUUACACUUGCAUCAGGGGAUCCAUCUUUGACAUUUGAGUUGAAAGAGCUCGUCAAGGAAUAUUUGAUCAAUAUCCCCUUGACUGCCCCUGCCCCUGCCCCUGCCCCUCAGGCAGUACAGCCACAAUCACCAGUCACUCCUCAAGCAUUUAAUGAUCCCGGUGCUAUGCUUGCUGGGCUGCUAUGAGAUUUCUCAAUAAAAAAGAGAAUUGGAUGUGUAAACUAAUUUAAAUCAGAGGCUGCCCUGUCGCCGCAGCAGAGCGGGAUGCACUGGCAAAGACUCGUGAGGAUUGUCCAGCGUAAUCUCUAGUUGCGAUUUUCGCCAGGAAGGAACUGAAUUCUUUAGACCCAUUCCUGUGGGCUCAUUUUCGUCGAGGUAUUAUCACAGUGUAUAAACUUUAUUUGUUUUGAUCCUUUUUUUUUUUCCCUUUUGCUUUUAGUAUCAUCCCUUCCUCCUGGUAGUGAAUAUUUGUAGUCCUGUGAGAACGCCUCAGAUUCGGUUUGCAGAAACUCGUUGUAAAAGUUUUGUUUGAUAGUGAUUGCAUAAUUAUGUGUAUUCAAUAAGGUUUGAGCAAAGAGCAUGAAGUGGGUACAAAUUCUUGUGGUCGUAGACCUACGAA